ACUUAUUGAUUUUCCAUAGUGCGAUACCAUAGUUUGCAAUCCGCUUAAAUUUAAAAAAUAACUAUCUAAAACCAUUAAUUUUCGCGCUUCAGAAGAUACCGGUUUACUAGCUUACUGCAAAAAUUACGUGCUAAAUGAUGUUUUUGUGAGGCAUAUCUGUAAUUGCAUUUACGAUACUGUAUCGUAGAAUGCAGAUGUACAAAGCAAGCUUAACCAACAAACUGCCCAUUAAGUCUUGGCUCAAGUGAGAUUACUGUUAUAAUUAAGUAACUGUUUUCCAGCAAUCCUUUAGUACAUUCUACUUCUUGCUUUAUUAUCCGAACUGAUACGCUGACCAUAAAAUGUUAUUUGAACUUGGUUUUAGUCGAAAUUAAAACCAGUUGUCCUCUGUGUAGUAAUAAAUUAACAAAGCAUAUCAACAUUUGCUAUUUAAUCUGGCUCUACAUCAUUUAUUAAUCUGGCUCUACAAACUCAUUUUCACAUCGAUACGAGUGAUACUCGAAAACAUUCAGUAAUCAUGGACUGCUACAAAAUCUUGUCCUUAGAUCCAGAUGCACCGGUGAGUCGCAUUCAUGCUCAGUAUCGGCGACUUGCGGUCGCCGAACAUCCUGCAAGAGGCCAUACAGACCCUCAUGCUGCACGCAAAGCUUUUCGCGACCUGGGAGAAGCUUACGAUAUUUUGAGGAACUCGAUUUCCCGUAAAGUGUACGAUGAAUUUGGCUACGAUGGUCUCACUAACCGGUUCAACAGCUUACCGGACCAACCACAUGGCUAUCGCUAUCAUGGCGAUCCGAUGCGGACUUUUGAAGAGCACUUUGGUACAUCAAAUCCUUACGCCCACAUCUACGAACCCUUCGAUGCCGCUCAUGAUUACCAUUACUACCAAGCUAUAUUCCGGGCACGAGAAAAAGCGCAGUUGCCGCCUCUCAUCAUUGGCUUGGAUAUGACCCUUGAGGAAAUAUUCCACGGUAACAUUCGCGAAGUGGAAUUCAGUCGGAAUAUUUUACUACCAACAGGCGAUCUAGUGGAACAGGCCGUAAUUAAGGAUGUCAUCAUUCGGCCCGGAUGUCCUGACGGCACCCAAUUCAUCUUUCCUCAAGAAGGUCACCAGGCACGCAACUUUAUUUCCGCUGACGCUGUGGUGCAGAUCGAGCAACUGCCUCAUGAUCGAUUCUUUCGCGAUGGCGAUGAUCUGCGGAUUGAAAUCGAGGUUGACUUGUUAGUAGCACUGUGCGGAGGAGAUAUCAGUCUUAACAGUAUCGAUGACACCCCGGUUCGCAUCGAGGAGAUCGGUGUGAUUCGGCCAGGCAGUGCACGCAUGAUCCCUGGUAUGGGCAUGCCCCGUGUGGAUGAUGCGUCGCGCAGAGGAAAUCUCUACCUCGACUACAAAGUCGUUUUCCCCAAAGAUUUGGAUCUGGUUAGACGGGAGAUGAUUGCCAACGCUCUCAAGGAGCGAGCAGACAAAGCCCUUGUGCCCACGACUCUGAUCGGUGUCUCAGGUUAUACUCGAACCCCCACGUUGGUAGCCCCAAAAAGAAGAUACCAAGCCGCUGCUCGUGCAAAGACUAUCCAGCCGAUUCAGGAAGAAAAUCCUGCUAAUAGCGAUCAAAAUAAUUACGACUUUAUCACGGAAGAUAUCAAUGUUUCUCAAGAAUCGCUAUACUGAUCCACAUAUUCUGCAAAUGCGUCAACGGAAUUAUGACUUAAUGUACUUACAGAAAAGGCUCAGCGUACACCUAUCGCGCUUUAUCAUUUACACCUACAUGCGGCAUUUUUGGCGAUUAUUUUUAAUAGCAGGAUUUUUUGCCGGCUUUCCCGUAAUUAUGAGUUUCUUCACUUCUGAGAUAAAUCCACGCAAUUCCCUCUAAAUGCUUAAAAAUUAGAUAAAAUGCGCAUAAU